AUGGCCGCCGCCGCGACCGCGGUGCCCUCCGAGAUCCUCCGCGUCUCCACCGCCUUCCUGUCGGAAGCCCUCUCGCAGCCCGAGCUCCGCCGCAGGCUCUUCUCCGCCUUCCGCCGCGGGCUCCCGCAGCACGACCCUCUCCUCCGGCCGCUCGACCUCGCCGCCCAGACCCUAGAGAACGCCAUCUCCACCGCGAACCCCUCCGUCCGGUCCUCCUCCCUCCACCUCGCCGAGAAGCUCCUCCUCUCCCACCCGGGCUCCCCCUUCUCCUCCUUCCUCCUGUCCCUCAUCUGCUCCCUCUGCGGCCGGCCCCUCGACGCGGCUCUCCGCCUGAUCGACGUCUUCUCCUCCGACCCCUCGCUCGCGCGGUCGGAGGUCGCGCCGGCGAUCUUCGAGGACCUCUUCUUGGUCCACCUCAUCCCCGUCCUCGAGUGGUUCAACGACCAGAGGUCGAAGAUCACGGCGAGUUCGGGCCCGGUCCAUCUCGAGAGCCAGCUCAACGACGACUUCUCGUGCGACGUGUCGGUGGUCCUUCCGUGCACGAAGGUGCUGUCGAAGAUGAGCGGGGACCAGGCGGCGAAGCUGAAGGAGCUGGAGAGCAACUACGAGCGCGUGAUCGACGAGAACUGCGCGGCCUUCGCGAGGUACUUCGGGGAAGUCCUGAAGAGCGGAGACGGAGGAAGGGCGGUGAGCCCGCCGCCCGUGGUGGUGGAGAAGAGAGGGAGAGUCGAUGUGCUGGAGGAGGAGGAGGAGGAGGAGACGACGGAGGACCGGACGGCGGAUUCCGGGGAGGCCGGCUUCAACCAUGGGCGCUAUAACCUCGCCAUCUUAUCCUCAGAGGGUCUCCGCAGCUUCGCUCGCCCCGCCGCCGCCGCUCCGGAGAGCCAGAAGCGACCUCCCCCUGCCGCCAGAUCGACGCCGUUUCCUCCUCCACCGGCGCCUGCUUCCGGUUCAGAUUCCGAAACCUGCAGCUCUUCGUCGGAACAGGACGGGUCGGCCGCUGGGUCUUCUUCAGAAUCCGAGGAAAGGAACAGGAGCAUGGCCUUGCUCGAGCCUAGGAAAUCCCAUCCUCAGAAAGAGAGGCAGUCCAUUCCUGCAGAGCCGAGCUGCCCCCCAGGACGCCUCAUGGCAGAGUCCGAAAACCUGCCUGGUGGCGGAAAGCACACCCCUCCUAAAGACUUCGUUUGUCCCAUAACGAGCAACCUCUUCGACGACCCGGUGACUCUAGAGACUGGCCAGACUUACGAGCGCAGAGCGAUCCAAGAGUGGCUCGAGAGGGGGAACUCGACAUGCCCAAUCACGCGCCAGAAGCUGCAGAGCACUCAGCUCCCCAAGACGAACUAUGUGCUCAAACGCCUUAUAGCGAGCUGGCGAGAGCAGAACCCCAGUGCUGUUCUGGACAAGUCUGAGAGCUAUAGCCUGGAGAUUAUGCCGAUUGCGAAGCCGAUGAUGCACUCAACCUCGCCGAAUAGUGUCAUCAGCCGAGCAACCCUGGAUGGAACACUUAGCGAGCUAAGGCAUGAUAUUAACAAGCUCUGUACGUCGGAGAUCCUGGAGGAGUCUGAGAUGGCCGUCCUCCGGAUCGAGAAGUUCUGGCAGGAGGCCAGUUUGGAAAUCAGUAUUGUGAACAUGCUCUCUAGGCCUCCUGUCGUGAACGGUUUCGUGGAGAUCCUAUUCAAUUCUGUGGACACCAGAGUCCAGAGGGCAACGGUCUUCCUCCUGUGCGAACUGGGGUCGAGGGAGAAAUCUGUGGUUCAAACACUCACUCGGGUCGACUCUGAUGUGGAUGGCAUAGUGGCUCUGUUGAAGAAGGGUCUGCUGGAGGCCGUAGUGCUGAUAUACCUGUUGCAGCCUUCGGCAAACAGCUUCAUAGAAAUGGACAUUAUAGACUCCCUGCUAGCAGUCAUCAAGAAGAGCCCAGACGAGUUGAUGUCAAUGUGCUUAGAGCCAAGGACAGCAUCUGUUCUUUUACUAAGACAGAUUCUCAGGGGCUGCCAGGAAUACAUGGCGGCUGCAAUGACUAGCAAGGUGAUAUCAGCGGGCAUUAUCGACAGUAUCAUAGGGAGUUUGGAGGCAGAAUGGUCUGAGGAGAGGUUGGCAGCAGUCGUCAUCUUAUCGAAAUGCAUGCAGGAAGAUGGGAAGUGCAGGAACCCAAUCGCAGAUAAAGCCGAGUUAGGUCCUGUACUAGAAAGUUUCAUCGGCGCAGCUGAUGCAGAGAGAUUUGAGAUAAUUCGUUUUCUCUCUGAGCUAGUCAAGCUAAACAGGAGGACAUUCAAUGAGCAAGUUCUUCACAUCAUAAAGGAUGAAGGUGCCUUCAGUACCAUGCACACUUUCCUGAAUUAUCUGCAGACGGCCCUCCAAGACCAAUGUCCUGUUGUAGCCGGCCUCCUCCUCCAGCUGGAUCUACUGGCAGAGCCUAGAAAGAUGAGUAUAUACCGGGAAGAGGCAAUAGAUGCCCUUAUUUCAUGCCUCAAGAAUACCGACUUCCCUGCUGCCCAAAUAGCUGCUGCCGAGACAAUCGUGUCGUUACAAGGGAGGUUCUCCGCAUCUGGAAAGCCCCUUACCCGAGCUUUCCUUCUAAAACGGGCCGGACUCGAGAAGAGAUAUAGAACUGUCAUGCGAAUGGAGCAUCUUGGCAACAGCAACGUUGAAUUCGAGGGAAGUCUGCAAGAAGAAGAGAAGGCAGCUGAUGACUGGGAAAGGAAAGUAGCAUAUGCUCUGGUAAGCCAUGAGUUCGGUCUGCUUUUUGAGGCCUUAGCAGAAGGCUUAAAAAGCAGAAAUGCAGAUUUGUGUUCAGCAUGCUUCGUGUCUGCCACAUGGCUCGCUUACAUGCUCGGCAUUCUCCCGGAUACCGGGAUUCGAGGAGCAGCCCGUGUUUGCCUGCUCAAACGGUUCCUACAAAUAUUCAAGUCAGCGAAAGACGUUGAAGAUAAAGCCCUCUCUAUGCUCGCUCUAAACAGCUUCAUCCAGGAUGCUGAGAGUCUGCGUGAUCUAGCUCCCUCGAUGAAGGAUGUCUUGAAAGGUUUGCGGGAGCUGAAGAAGCACUCUCCUUUUGCAUUCAAGAUGUUGAAAGUUCUCUCUGAAGGAAGUGAAUCUAGCGCUGACCUCUGGAAUCACAAGGACCUAGUUCAAGUUGAUUGCAGCCACAACGGGGAAGUUCUGUCGAUAGUUUGUCACAAGGACGUUAUAUUUUCUGGCCAUUCUGAUGGCACGAUAAAGGUAUGGACGGGGCGAGGAAGCAUUCUUCACCAAAUCCAAGAAGUUCGCGAACACACCAAGGCAGUGACCAGCCUGGCGAUAUCACAAUCCGGAGAAAGACUGUACAGUGGUUCUCUCGACAAAACAGCAAAGGUGUGGUCUAUCAGCGACAAUGCAUUACAUUGUACCGAAGUACAUGAUAUGAGGGAUCAGGUUCAUAAUCUGGUCGUGGCGAAUAGCGUUGCGUAUUUCAUUCCACAAGGAGCUGGUGUAAAGGUUCAUUCGUGGAAUGGGGGUUCAAGAUUAUUGAAUCAAAACAAAUACGUCAAGUGCUUGUCUCUCGUGCAAGGAAAACUGUACUGCGGAUGCCACGAUAGUAGCAUUCAGGAAAUCGACUUGGCAUCGGGGACACUCAACAGCAUUCAGAGCGGUUCUCGAAAAUUACUCGGGAAAGGCAAUCCAAUCCAGGCGCUGCAGCUUCACAGUGGAUUGAUAUAUUCAGCCAGCUCUUCCUUAAAUGGAGCAGCCGUUAAGAUAUGGAGCGCUACCAAUUACAAGCUCGUGGGAACGCUGCCAUCGACGGCAGAUGUUCGAGCCAUCGCAUUGAGCUCGGACCUCGUUUACUUGGGCUGCAAGGGGGGAAUAGUGGAAGUCUGGUGCAAAGAGAACCAUCAGAGAGUCGAGACACUACAGAGCGGAACGAACGCCAAGAUUCACUGCAUGGCCCUGAACGCAGAUGAAGAAUUCUUGGUGAUUGGUACAUCAGACGGGUGGAUCCAGGCAUGGGGUUUGAGCUGAAGAGAAGCUGCCGCGGCUUUGUCGACCGGUGUGGAAAGAUGAGAAAAUCGAAGACUAAUACGACCCAAGAAAUUCUUUUUGUCCCUCCCAAUAAGCAUCCUCAGCAACGUUAGCAUGCAUGUUCUUGAAAAUUUGACUGUAUAUACCUCAAGUUCAAUAACAGAUACUGUCAGCAAAAUUCAUUCUUCGUCCAUUGAAAAGAUUGGUGCUUGUAAACAAGGACCAUGAAAACCCUUCGAUCUUAACAGCAUUUUUUACCUCAUCAGAA